GACUCACUUGCACCCCGUACGACUUCGCGGUAGCGACUCGUUAUCUUCUUUUGCUUCCAUCGAUUCAAUUUUUCGAAUUUUCUUCUUAAAAUAGAAAAAAUAAUUUACUUUCUUUCUAAAAAAAAAAAUAUUUUUAUUAUUUUUUAAAAAAGUGCUCAGCGGAUUUUAUAAAAAAAAAGUUUUAAAAAAUCGCAAUGGCUCACAAAAUAAGUAUUCUCUGUCUUUUCUUCAUUUUAUGUGUCUUGGCCAUUGGAGCCAAUGCUGGACCGUAUUUUGAAGAAGAGAUGGAUGGUAUUCCCGUGGAUGGUUCGGAAUACUCUGACAACACCCUGGAAGAUAUAAUGCGCGCGGCACAGCAAAAACGUUCCCCGUAUAUGUAUGUCUUCAGACGAGGCUGCGUCCGACGAGACGGAAACUGCGACCACAGACCCAACGACUGCUGCUACAGCUCCUCCUGCAGGUGCAACCUCUGGGGGUCAAAUUGCCGCUGCCAGCGCGUCGGUCUCUUCCAGAAAUGGGGAUAAAUCAACCCGGCGAUCCCGAUACAUUAUUAUUACUAUUAUUAACGCUGAUAAAUAAUAAUAAUAACGUUACCCUAAAAGCAUAAGCACUCACUAUUGACUUCGAGGUCUUCAAGCUCUUAUAUUAAGCUUUUCUCGCUCUCGAUUUUUUAUUUAAAUACAUAAAAUCCCGCUCAAUC